CAAUGAUCGUCCUACGUAGGAUCGGAGAUAGCAUAGCCUCGUGGCUGAUUUUCAGGCAUCGUUAUUUUGUCAGAUUGUAUAAAGAGUGUGUGUAUUCGAUGCUAUGAGGAGGGGAAUAUCAAUCUCAACCCAUCUAGACUCGCAUUCUACCUCUUCUCCUCCUCACUAUCUCAAAAAAGAACAAGAAGAAAAAAGAGAGAAAAAGAGUAGAAAUAUCAUCACUGAAAAUGUCGGAAAUGAACAUGGACGACUGCACCUUGGCAACUUGCCCAAUUGACUUGGCCUAUAUCAAUUACCAGCCUAACAUCCCGGCAAAUGUCCUCUUCCUCGUCAUCUUCGGCCUUCUCCUCGCCGCACAAAUCGCCCUAGGAACAUGGUUCCGAACGUGGACAUACAUGGGGGCCAUGACCGCGGGGCUCAUUCUUGAAAUACUAGGAUACAUCGGGCGAGUCAUGAUGCACAGCAACCCAUUCGACUUUAAUGCAUUCCUUCUAUACCUCAUUUGUCUCACGAUUGCCCCGGCCUUUUUCACCGCCGCCAUUUACAUCUGCCUGGGAAGAGUUGUCAUCGUCUACGGGGAGGGUAUCUCCAGGAUUCGCCCGCGUACAUACACCAUAAUCUUCGUCACUUGCGAUAUCAUCGCUCUAGUCCUACAAGCAGCCGGCGGCGCCAUUACCUCCAUCGCUGACUCAGACCAAAAAAGCCUCAGCGAUACCGGUGUCAAUAUCAUGAUUGCAGGAUUGGCUUUUCAGGUCGCCUCGUUGAUGCUGUUCAUCGUGCUCGCUUCGGAAUUCGCCCUGCGAGUGCGCCGCAGCUCAGAAGACAUGAAGAAUGCGUCUACAGCAUCUGUUCGCAGUGGUUUGAAAUGGAAGAUGUUCCUUUUGGGUCUUGCCAUUGCCGUUUUAACGAUCUUCACUCGCUCGAUCUUCCGUGUUGCGGAGCUGAAAGGUGGAUUUAACAGUGAUCUGGCUAAUGAUGAAAUUGCCCUGAUGAUUCUUGAGAGUACUAUGAUUGCCAUUGCGUGCAUUUGUAUGACCGCCGCUCACCCAGCAGUUGCCAUGGGCCGGCGAUGGGGGGAACUCUCGGCGAAGCCGCGUCGUGCAGUCGUUUCGUCUAAGGUGUCGCAGGCUUCAUCAGAAAUUGAGAUGGUGAAUGCUUAAAAUAUAUAGCAAAGCCCCUGAUGACUCGGAGUGGUCGGUUUCAAGAGACUGGGUAUUAGACAUCAUUGACAGGUCGAUGUCGGAUCCCUUAUUCAACCCUAUUACCAUAAGACUGUGGUACCGUUUUGCAAAUU